UUCCAGAAAUGACCGGCGAAAGUCAAGAAGUUCUCUGAGCUCUCUCUCUCUCUACUCUACUCUACUCUACUCUCUCUCCCCAUCCAUCUCUACACACCCUCUCUCUCUCUCUCCGUGUAGGAUACAAGAUAAUUGACACCAAAGCCUAAAGCUGUGAGUUUUGGCUCUUUUCCAAUGUUGUCAUCAGCAAAGCAUCAGAGAAACCAUAGAGUCUCUGCUACAAACAAGAACAAGACUCUCAACCAAGUUUCUUCCAUUUCAUCCUCAUCACCAUCCUCAUCAUCAUCAUCAUCAUCAUCCUCAUCCUCAUCAUCAUUCUCAACAUCAUUCUCACCGUCUCCUAUACACUCACAAGACUCUCAAGCCCAUAAGAGAUCUCUAGUCACCAUGGAAGAAGUUUGGAAAGACAUCAACCUUGGUUCCAUCCACCACCUUAACCGUCACAGCCAACAUCCACAACACAGCCAAGAGCCAAGGUUCAGGGGCCACAACCACCAGAGCCAAAACCCUAACUCCAUCUUCCAAGAUUUUCUCAACAGACCUUUGAACCAGGAACCAACAAUACCCACAAGCCUCACCAUGGGUUCUGCCUCUAAUGGCGAUACCACCACUGUCACUGCUCUCUUCAGCAGCUCUCCUUUGGCACCUCCUGCAACUGUUCUGAGCUUGAAUUCCGGCGCUGGCUUCGAGUUUCUUGAUAGCCAAGAUCCUCUUGUUACCCCAAGCUCUAAUCUGCAUAACCUCGCAAAUGUUUCCUCAUUCAACACCCCUUUUGAUGCUCUAGUUACAUCCACUUGUUUUGGUAAGAAAAGAGGCCAAGAGUCCAAUGAAGGUUCAGGGAAUAGAAGACAUAAGCGAAUGAUCAAGAACAGAGAAUCUGCGGCUCGUUCCAGAGCUAGGAAACAGGCUUAUACAAACGAGUUAGAGCUUGAAGUUGCUCACCUGCAAGCAGAAAAUGCAAGACUCAAGAGACAACAAGAUCAGUUAAGAACGGCGGCAGCAAAUCAGCAACCCAAAAAGAACACACUUCAACGGUCUUCCACAGCUCCAUUUUGAGAAAUAUACAAAUCCUUUCUCUUUUGGGGAUUGAGAGUCUCUCUUGAAGAAGUGAAAAAUGGAAAAGUUUGUACCUUUUUUUAUUAGCUAUAAGUAUAACUAAGCUAAAUUUGUAGAACUACAAUAUUGCAGGGGAAAAAAGAUGUAAAAAGAGAAAAGGAUCUUUCCAUUUCCUAAGGCACAGGAUCACCUGUCCUGGGCCUCUCUUCUUUUGUUCUGUCAUUUUCUUAUUCAAUCCUUUUUCAC